CAUGACAGUAUGGACACACACAACCCCUCCCCCGCUUUUCUCUUCUCAUUUUCACACACAAAUUCAUCGCAAUAUUUUCAUAUGUUGAUUUUGUUCCGGGUUUCGAACCGCUUCCAAUUCCGCCAGCUGUUCUCCGGCUGUUCCGCCCUUCGACCGAGCCGAUUCCCGGUCUUAACCCAUCCAGCUCCGACGCUUUCUCACUCAGAUCCGAUCGGAUCAAUGAACCAAAGCCUAAAACCGAAAGAAAUGCAACAACUAGUCUCCGUCUUCAAUUCUUGCUCUCAGAGCUAGCUCCCAGCUGAAAAUUCAUUCCAAACCGUUGCCUUCCCCCCCAGAUUCUUCAUUUCUCCACUCGCUUCACGCUGAUUCAUCAGCUCGGAGCUUAAAAUCGGUUUUCCUCUAUCAAUUCUCUCUGUUUGUUAGGUCAGGUUAGUACUGAUCAUUCCAUCCCAAACGGUGUGGUCGCGAUGUGUAUUUCGAGCUGAGAGGUGAAAGGUCAAAGUUCGUUCUGCUUUUUCAAACCAGAAACGAAAAGCGGUUACACGUUCUGCUUGUUCAAGCGGGCUUCCUUGAUCUGUUUGGGAAGCAGUUACACUGAUAAUUGCUUCUGAGCUUAAUAUUUCUUCGGUUUUCACGUUCAUUGUUAAAGCAGAGAGAGGGAGGGAUGACGUCGGGGAGUCGACAGCCGACGUGGAAGGAGAGGGAGAACAACAAGAGGAGGGAGAGGCGGCGGAGGGCUAUAGCGGCGAAGAUCUUCGCCGGGCUGAGAAUGUAUGGCAACUAUAAGCUCCCUAAACACUGCGAUAACAACGAGGUUCUCAAGGCCCUCUGCAACGAGGCCGGUUGGACCGUCGAACCCGACGGCACCACCUACCGUAAGGGAUGCAAGCCUGUUGAUCGCAUGGAAGUGAUUGGUGGAUCUGCAGCAGCAAGCCCAUGCUCAUCUUAUCAACCAAGUCCCUGUGUUUCAUACAACCCAAGCCCAGGCUCCUCUUCUUUCCCAAGCCCAGCCUCCUCCUCCUAUGCCGCUAAUCCGAAUGCUGAUGGCAGUUCGCUGAUCCCAUGGCUCAAAAAUCUCUCAUCUGCAUCAUCUUCAGCCUCCUCUUCCAAGUUCCCCCAUCUCUACAUCCAUAGCGGUUCAAUUAGUGCUCCUGUCACCCCUCCAUUGAGCUCCCCAACUGCUCGUACACCACGUUUCAAAACUGAUUGGGACGACCAGUCUGCCCGUCCAGGCUGGGGUGGGCAGCAUUACUCCUUCCUUCCAUCUUCUACUCCGCCAAGCCCUGGACGUCAAAUUAUUCCUGAUCCAGAAUGGUUUGCUGGAAUUCGAAUGCCUCAGGGUGGGCCAACUUCUCCAACAUUCAGCCUUGUCUCUUCAAACCCAUUUGGCUUCAAGGAAGAUGCUUUAGCUGGUAGUGGAUCUCGCAUGUGGACUCCUGGACAAAGUGGUACAUGCUCACCUGCCAUAGCAGCCGGCUCUGACCACACUGCUGACAUUCCCAUGUCUGAAGUGAUUUCAGAUGAGUUUGCAUUCGGAAGCAACACAACAGGGCUAGUGAAGCCAUGGGAAGGAGAGAGGAUUCAUGAAGAAUGUGGAUCCGAUGAUCUAGAGCUCACUCUGGGGGGCUCAAAGACCAGGUGUGGUGAUGUGAACAUGUGAUAAUGUAAAUCAAUUGGAUCAUGUGGAUUGCUCUUUACUUUCUUGAGCCAUGUUAUAUUGCAGGUAGAUGAUUGCACAAGUGAAACAAUCUGUGGUUGCUUUGUAUAAACUCUGAUCUAUUGAAUGAUCUAUUGAAGGAGGAGAAAAAAAAAACAAGAUCGAGGUGAACACGAGCAGUAGGUCUUUUUUUACUUUUCUUUCCUUGCUUCGCAGAUUUAUUGGUUUGUAAGUUAUAUAUAGCAGUUCUUCAAGUGUGGGAGUGCUUUUACAACACUUUGACGUGGAGGUUCUCUGUUUCAACUAAUUCUAUUGAAAGGACUGAUAUACAUGUAUGGAUGAGCUGCCAUUAAUUUGGUUUGCCAUUGGAAGCAAUGCUCAAUGACUAAACACCUCUUACUUGUGACUAAAUGGUCAAACCUGUUGUGAAAAUUUAGAUAGAAAAGACUGUUAUCUUGUCAUUUACAUUCUUUCACAUUAUAAUGUACUCUGCAUGCACUGGCAGACCUUUAUGUGAAAA